CCACAGGGUGCUGCGAGGUACGCGCGCCUCGUGUCAGCCUGGGGCACCACCCCGAAACUAAACCCACAUGCCUGCUCCCGCGUUGAACUUUCCCCCAGCUGAGCGAGAGGCUGCCUUCCUGCUCUCCGUCAGCUGGCAGGGUCAGCUGCGCAAACCAACACUAAGCAGGCAAGCCAUGGCCGCCGCCGCUGCUGCGGGGCCUCCGCGGCCUUUCUCCCUUUCCCUGCAGUUCCGCGGCAUGUUUUACGCCGUCACUCCCAACGAGAGCUCUUUCCGCAGCGUCGAGGAGGUGCCCGAAUACGUGGACCAGGCAACUCCUUUGUUCGUUACCCUGAUUCUUCUGGAGCUUGUUGUUAAGUGGGCUCAGAAGGGCCAUUCAUCAACUCGGGUGAAUGAUAGCAUAGCGUGUGUCGCUGCAGGAGUCCUGUCUCGACUUCCAGAUGUUUUGUCUAGAAGUGUUGAGUUAACAACAUACAUCUAUGUGUGGGAAAACUAUAGACUUCUGGAAUUGCCAUGGGACUCACUCUGGACAUGGUAUUUGACAUUCCUUGGAGUAGACUUCGGAUACUACUGGUUUCACCGCAUGGCUCAUGAGAUUAAUUUAUUGUGGGCAGGACAUCAAACUCAUCACAGUUCUGAGUAUUAUAACCUAUUCACAGCAUUAAGGCAAUCUGUCCUGCAGAAGUACACAUCUUGGAUGUUCUAUUUGCCUAUGGCUCUCUUUAUACCAUCUUCGGUGUAUGCUGUUCAUAUUCAAUUUAACCUCCUUUACCAAUUCUGGAUACAUACAGAGGUGAUUAACAAUCUUGGCCCACUGGAGUUUGUUCUCAACACUCCCAGUCAUCACAGAGUUCAUCAUGGCAGAAAUCCAUAUUGCAUUGAUAAAAAUUAUGGAGGCACACUGAUUAUUUGGGACAGAAUGUUUGGGACAUUUGUUGCAGAAAAAGAUAAAGUUAUAUAUGGCCUAACACACCCAAUAAACACCUUUGAACCUUUCAAAAUCCAGUUUCAUCAUUUAACCUAUGUAUGGAAAACAUUUUGGGAUACACCUGGAUUCUGCAAUAAGCUUUCUGUCAUUUUCAAAGGGCCAGGGUGGGGGCCAGGCAAGCCAAGACUUGGCCUUCUUGAGGACAUUCCAGAGAUCACUGGAAAUGAAGUCCCCUUCAACCACAAAUUGCCGAACUACCUUUCUGUCUAUGCUGUAAUUCAUUUUGGUUUAAUGCUGGGAUUUUAUAUUGAUUUGUUCGCUUCCAAAUCUACGUUAUCACAGGUAACUCUUCUCGUGAGAAUUGGCUACAUUAUCCUGACACUGACCUCCAUUGGUUUCCUUAUGGAGCAAAGACCUGAAGCUGCUGCUUUGGAAUCUGCCCGUUGCUGUGCUUUUCUGGCUCUCCAUAAACUUGGUUAUCUCAAAACCUAUAUUGCACUUCUGUCGAUGACGUAUGAGGUGUUAUUUUCUCUCUGCGUUGCUUUUUGGGGAAUACAGCUUGUGAAGCAACUUGCCUCCAGCACAAAAAAGAAAAUCUGAAAAGGAAAUCUGUCAAAUCUUCACCUUAAUUAGAGAUAAAAUACAUUCCAUGUAUAGGGAUGUGGUAGGAAUGUAUGGGUGUGUAUGAGUUUUUAAGUUCACCCACUUCUCUUUUAUUUUUGAAACAUUUUAUUAAAACUUACGUUAAGAUGCCUCAAGUUUUAUUUUUGUAUAUUUAGAGAGUACCAGACCUUCUCAUACAUAAUGCAAAAAAAAUUUGUUUCUAUCAGCUUCAUUCAUGUGCAACCAAAUGGGUAAAGCUUUUUAACUAUUGAUGGCAGUAAUGAAUGUUGUGAUGGAAAUAAACUAUCUGACUCUUUCUCUUCAAAUACAAAUCAGGUCAAGGCAAUAUUCACAUCAGUUAUAUAGAUGAGCAACUUCCACUGAUUUAUGCAUGAAUAAACAGGGGCAGGGCUUGCAAACAAAUUACAUAUGGAAAUAUAAUUCAAUUUCAAUCUGGAUAUCUGAAGAAAUAUAUACUACAACAUCAACUUGCCCAUGAAUUAAGUGUAUCUUUGGAGACCCUCAAUCCAAGACAUUUUUUCUGUGUGUUCUCAGCUAGGACCAACACUAUAAAAAGCCUUAAUCUGGCUCCCCAUCCUGGUCGCUUCAUUCUUCUGCAUGGCAGGGCCACCCUGGAGUCCUUCCUUUGGAUGCUCUAGUCAAAGUUUUCUAUCCCUAGGAAGACUUGCCUAGGCUUAUGGCACCCGACAAAGACCUUUUUUUAUUUUCUUAAUGCUGCUAUUUCCAUUUCUACUGUUUUGCUGUUUGUUUGAUUUUAUUAUGUCUUUAUGAUUAGAUUGUGUGUGUGUGUUUUUAUUCUAAAACCAAUUGGGCUAGAAAUUAUUUAUUCGAAAAUGGCUUAUAAAUAAAGAAGAUAGAGUGACUGAAUGAAACAUUAGGAACAAUUGCAGUUGUUUGGUUGCAAUAUAAGAAUAAAUAAUUGUGACUGAAAUUGUUAAACAAAACAACAUGAUGCAGUAACACAGAAUGAAAUCCUAUACACACUUAUUCAGGAAUAAGUCCCAUUGAUCUCAAUUGGGCCUAUCUCUGAAUCAAAAUGUAGAUGAUGCCCAUGUU